AUGGACGCUAUCAGUUUUGUAUUGGCCGAGAAGACUAGUAACUUGUGUGUUAAAACACUGAAGGAUCUCAUCCAUGGAGCUCCGGUGGGCAAACCUGCAGCCAAUCGAGCUUUUGUAAGCAUGGUCUACUGUGAGGACAAUGGAGAUGAAUGCACCUUCACACGGGCUAUCAUUGGUUCCUCCUCAGAGUACCGUAUCAACAAUAAGGUAGUUGGGCUUUCGGACUACAGUGAGAAACUGGAGAAACUGGGUAUCCUUAUUAAAGCCAGAAAUUUUCUUGUGUUCCAGUCCCUGGAUGAACAGAAGCGUAUGGAAGAGGAGUUGACUGAAGAAGUGGAGCUCGCCAAAAGAAGAAUUGAUGAAAUAAACAUGGAGUUGAACCAAGUGAUGGAGCAACUUGGAGAUGCUCGCAUUGACAGGCAGGAAAACAGUCGCCAGCAGCGCAAAGCUGAAAUUAUGGAGAGCAUUAAACGUCUUUAUCCUGGCUCAGUGUAUGGCAGACUGAUCGACUUGUGCCAGCCCACCCAGAAGAAAUACCAGAUUGCUGUAAAACCGGAGACCUUUCUGCCUCUCGACUAUUUAGAGGUGAAGCCCACAGAUGAGAAACUGAGAGAGCUUCGUGGGGCCAAGCUUGUGAUUGACGUGAUUCCCUAUGAGCCUCCGCACAUAAAGAAGGCCCUCCAGUAUGCAUGUGGAAAUGCUCUUGUGUGUGAGAACGUGGAGGACGCCCGCAGAAUUGCCUUUGGAGGACCCUAUCGUCAUAAGACUGUGGCCUUGGAUGGAACUCUCUUCCAAAAGUCUGGUGUGAUCUCUGGAGGAGCCAGUGACUUGAAAGCACAGCGUCCUAUGAUGUUGCUGUGCCUUACAGAGUUCGAGGCUGCCCGUAAAAGAGCAAAGAAAGCAAAACAGGCUUUUGAACAAAUAAAGAAAGAGAGGUUUGACCGUUUUGAUGGUUUUUUUCAAUCUGUGGCCACCAACAUUGAUGAGAUUUACAAGUCAUUAUCGCGUAACAGUAGCGUACAGGCAUUCCUGGGGCCUGAGAACCCAGAGGAACCUUAUUUGGAUGGAAUUAACUACAACUGCGUGGCUCCAGGAAAGAGAUUCAGGCCCACGGACUACCUAUCAGGAGGGGAGAAGACAGUUGCAGCUUUAGCACUGCUUUUUGCCAUACACAGGUGCAACACUACGCCUUUCUUUGUCUUAGAUUAGACUGAUGCUGCUUUGGAUAACACCAACAUUGGCAAGGUGGCAAACUACAUAAAAGACCAGUCUGUCCAGAAUUUUCAGGCUAUUGUCAUCUUUCUUAAGGAGGAGUUUUACACAAAAGCUGACUCACUCAUUGGGGUUUACCCUGAGCAAGGAGAUUGUGUCAUAAGUAAGGUGCUGACUUUUGAUCUUUCCCAGUCCGAUCCGGAUGCCAAUCCUAAUGAUUAA